AUGAUUGAUUAAGAUAAAAAAGAAUUAGAAAAAGUAAAAAAAUCCAUCAAAGAUCAUAGUAAAUUGCUAGAUAAACUAAAUGAUAUUUACGAAUUACUCUAAGAAAUAUAAAUUAGUAUAAUGAAAUAUUUAUCUAUUAGACUUACAAAUUGGAACUGUAGAAAAAUUAUAUAAAACUUUAGAAAUAAUUGAGUCAAAAGCAGUUAUAGGUUUAUUUAAACAAUAAUCUGAAGAGAUAAAGCUUUAUUUAACUCAUGUAGAAUUGCUAUUCAAGACAAAAAAUUUUCAAUAAGAUUAAGUAAUUCUUGAUUUUUAUCUAAGUUUGAAAUUAUAAAUCUGAUUUGAAUGAUAAAGAAUGUGUUGUUAGACAUGAAAUUUAGCAUACAAAUAAAAAUGCAAGAUGAUAAUAUGGCUACUUUUGAAACAAUGAAAUUUUUUGAAAAUGCUAAAACUACUCAUUAAAUAGCAUUGGAAUAUUUUAAGAAUGAAUCUAUUUAAUUCUUAGGUAAUAGAAUAUUGUAUAAAAAAUCAUAGGCAAUUUAAUGAAAACAUGGGAAUAAUCAUUUGAGAAUUAAAAUGGAAUAUACAAAGAUAAUUUAGAAUUUUGUUAGACCAUUGAAAAAUUAUCAGAUUAGACUAAUAAAAUUGAAGAUUCUCUUAAUUCAACCCCACAAUUUAAAAAAUACUCUCUAAAAAAGACAGAAGUCUAAUUCUUAAAGCAUCCGAAUUGA